AUGCCACCCCCCGAACAUGUCAUCACCAGCACCAGCAACCGUGGUCCCGGCAACGGCCCCAUAGUCGCCCCUCUCCAGACGGCGAUCCUGGCAGAGGAUCCUGCCAAACCCGCCUCGCGCCCUUCUUCUGGAGACAGCGGCUUCAACUUUGACACAUCAUCGCGAUCCGACGUCGGUUCGCUACGCAGCGAUGGCGCACCGAGCACAACCAGUAGCGGGCGCUUCUUCCGCGAGAACUUCAACCUCGCAGCUACCGACGGCAAACGCUCACAUUCCGCAAGCCCUUUUCGCAUAUCCAUGCCUUACAUCACUCCGGGCCAGCUCGCCUUCUCCGCCAUGCAGUAUCUGCCCGUCCCAUUACUGGUCCUGAACAACCUAAAGACUGUCGUGCUCGCAAACGAAGCCAUGGGAAGGCUGCUUGGCAUGACGGACGACACGCGCGACGACAACUCGUUUGUUGCCGACAAAUUAAGAGGUCAAUCAUUGUCCCAAGUGGGUAUCGACAUGAUCCAGGAAGGACGCCCCGUGUGGGUCGGCUGGGAAGCCUUUUUGGAUUCACUCGUACUCGAGAUGGGUGCGAGACAAACCUCCAAGGACGCCGCCGAUAUGUUCGUCCAGGGUCAAGGCGGAGAAGCGACACCAACACCCAACUCCCUGGCGCCUCCGCCAUUACCAGAUCACCAGCCGGGCUCGCCGGCCGUCAAAGACGCCGUUGUGGAUGUCGUCAUUUCUCGUAAAGAACUCGGCAAGCCUGGGUACGAUUCUCGGAACCGGGCCGGGGUCUCGGAGCACCAGGUUUACGCCAAGAUGAUUGUGACCAUUUGGGAGAUUGAGGAUCACCAGGUCUACUUCACCUUGACUUUCACUAGCUCUCAAUCACCGCCUUCGUCAUUCGUGUCGAGUCGCAAAGCUGUAGCGAAACCUGGCAUUCUGGAGCAGGCCGACCGCAAAACGAUAUCAAACUCGAACCCGCCCUCCGUCAGCUCCAGCCACGACUCUAGUUCGCCCUCGUUCCGCGUGAGCCCUAGUGCAGUUUCCCUGUCAUCGAGUCCGUUUCCUCCCAUGGGACCUCCUUCGACAGCAGCACACACGAGUACGCCUUCCAUACUGCAAAAAAUGAUCCUGAUGAAGGACGCCUUGCUCGACAACACGACAAUGCCUAUUCUCGCCAUGUGGAAGGACGGCAGCGUGACGUUUCCCAACCGAGCCGCCCGUAUCCUCCUGCGGCAGGAAAGCGAUUUGGGAAAGUCUUCCGACGGAUUCGACCUGCUUCCUGGAUGGACCAUAUACGACGCGGAGUUCACCAGGGAGCUGGAUGUCACCGAAUAUCCAAUAUCCAUCCUACUACGAACCGAGAUACCCUUCAGCAACAUGCGUGUAGGCAUGAUUGACCACGGGGGCAAGAGGAGGGUUUUCGAUGCCCUAGGAGAGGCCAUCCGAGAUGACACAACUGGCGAGUUCUUGGCCGGAGUCGUUACCUUCCGAGAUGUCACCAAAAUGACGGAAGAGAUUACCGAGAUCAAGGAGCGGGACGAGGAGCGCUUCAAGCUGAUUUGUGACACGAUGCCGCAACUGGUGUGGACAACAAGGCCAGACGGCUUCCACGACUUCUUCAAUACCCGGUGGUACACGUACACGGGCCUGACUCCCGAAGAAUCGCUAGGCCUCGGGUGGAAACACCCCUUUCACCCCGACGAUAUGCCCGAAACCAUCAAAAGAUGGAAGCACUCACUAGCGACCGGUGACCCCUACUCAACCGAGUAUCGGUGCCGCAGUAGGACUGGCGAAUGGCGGUGGAUGCUGGGAAGAGCACUUCCGCUGAAGAACAAAGAGACUGGCGAAAUCGAAAAGUGGUUUGGAACCUGCACUGAUGUGAAUGAAGGCACCGAAGCGAAGCUUGCGGCUAGGAGCACCCGACAACAGUUGCUGAGUGUUCUUGCGCAUUCGCAAGUCACAAUCUUCACUGUCGACACCAAUCUGAAGCUCACAAUGCUGGAGGGUGCCUUGAUUUGGGACAGCAAUGGAGAAGACAGUACGUCCCCUCACUCGAGCUGGUUCGUUGGUCAAGACAUGUACGAAGUCUUCAACCGUCUCAACCCUCAGCUAAAGGCUGGGGAGCGCCCAAAGUUUUUGCGACCCAUCGAAGAUAUCCUGGCAGGGGGAAAGACCGAAGAGGUAGCAGAGCACGGCAUGGACGGCCGGUGGUAUCGCACGAGAUUCCUGCCCAUUUUCGGUAAAAAGUCCAAGGAAGGCAUCACAACCAAUGAGACUUGCAUCGAGGGAGUCAUCGGUGUCAUCAUGGACGUUAGUGAGCUGAAGGAGAAGGUUGAAGACCUGGAAGAGGAGUCCCGCGAGAAGAAGCAAGCGAUGGCCAACGAGGCAGCCGCCAAAGAGGCGAACAGACUGAAGAGUCAGUUCCUUGCUAACAUGUCUCACGAGAUCCGGACGCCAAUCACUGGUGUAAUUGGUAUGGCCGAGCUGCUGCGGGACAUGGAGCUGGACGCCGAGCAAACUGAGUACGUCGAGAACAUUCAGCGGUCGGCCAAUGCCCUUUUGACCGUCAUAAACGACAUUCUCGACUUCUCAAAGGUUGAGUCGGGACGCCUCGAUAUUGAGGAAGUUCAGUUCUCACUGUCGGUCAUCGUCACGGACGUGAAAAAGAUGCUGAGCUUUGCUGCCGAGCGGAAGAAUCUCGACUUCCGUUCAGAUAUCUCGGGUGAGGUCGAGAACGAUCUGGUCGUUAUUGGGGACCCCGGCCGCGUACGCCAGAUCAUUACGAACCUCUUGACCAACAGCAUCAAGUUUACCAACCAGGGCUACGUGAAAUUUUCGGUCCGGAAGGAAAAAGAAACAUCUGAAAGCAUUGUCGUCAAGUUCGUCGUCGAGGACAGCGGCAUUGGCAUUGAAGAGGAGGUCCGGAAGAAGCUUUUCCAACCAUUCAGUCAGGGAGACGCGUCUACAGCAAGGAAGUUUGGCGGUACUGGCUUGGGCUUGACGAUUUGCAAGAACCUUCUGGAGCUCAUGCACGGCGAGAUGACGUUGGAGUCGACACUCGGCAGUGGAACCGUCGCGACAUUCUGGGUCCCAUUCAACAAACCUCAACAGCAACGCGGUGGACCAUUGGUGGAAAUCGGUUCCAUCCCUGAUAGGCUCCAGUCCGAGAUGAGCGUUUCCUGCAAUAGUUCCGAUUUUGAGCAACUGCUCAACACGCCCCCUGCGUCGGGUGACUCUUCGCAGUUUCUCUCGGACAAGCACAAAGUUCCCUCUCGACGACUGUCCGUCCGGACGCCGCCAGCUUCGGACGAGGAGCUGUUGCCACGAUCUGAACGCGCCAAAAUCCGAGUGCUGGUUGUCGAGGACAAUGCCAUCAACCAGCAAAUCGCCACUAAGACAAUCAUGAAACUAGGCUUCAGCGUGACAGCAACCUGGAACGGUAAAGAAGCUCUAGAAUACAUGGCGGCGGCACGACAAGGCAAGCACGCCAAGCCAGACAUCAUUCUCAUGGAUGUCCAGAUGCCUGUUAUCGACGGCUACAAGUGCACGCACCUACUGCGCCAUCACGUCCCGUACAAGGCGUACGUACAGGACAUACCCAUCGUUGCAAUGACAGCCUCGGCAAUCCAGGGCGAUAAGGAGAAGUGCACCAGAGCGGGCAUGGACGACUACCUUGCCAAGCCGGUCAAAAGCAAGACGUUGGAAAGGAUGUUGGUUCGGUGGAGCUUGGUCAAGAGGCCACAAGCACAAACACUGCAGGGGUCGGAUAGCUCCAUGUCAGACUGCUCGGACACAGCCGAACAUUGCAGCAACGCCGACAUUCCUGGCAUCGCACACGACCAGCCAAGUUCUACGACGCCCCCGGACUCGACGCAAGCUGCUGCACCCUCGAGUCGGCAGCAAGACCAGAGCCAGGAGGAGCCGGACAGAGAGAGCCGGGGCGAUCCGGUAACGCCUCGGCCUCUUACUAGGAAUAACUCGUACGAGCCGUCACCGUUCGAUUCCCCAGCCGUGGGGGAUGCCAUCAAGCCGAUACGACGGUCCGAGACGGACGAACUCGCUUUGCAGGCACAGCAAGGCAAGCUCAUGGACGCCGCUGGGGGCAAGAAGCUUCCGCGACGAGGGGAAUCGUUCCAGACGGUGGUCGCGGGCGAUUCCCUGACGGAGGAAAACGUUGAGAAAUUGGAAAAGGAGGAAAGCAACCGAAGAUCAUAG